GGUCUUCGACAUCAUGGACCCGGCAGAGCCGAUCAGGAACCCGAGGCCGCGGGGUUCGCCCUCCAGGAGGAGGCGAUCCUUCCAGUCGGACCGCGAGCGCUUCGUGAGAGCCGCGCAGCGGACCAGAGACUGGUGCUCGGCGUCUCCGCAGUGCGGCGGGAGGCUGAGCAGCAUCGACGAGACGCCCGAAGAGUUGCUGUCGAGGAGCCCGAGCGGCGCCUCGCGGAGCCCGUCGGAGGCGCUGCACGCCUGGGAGGCUGCGCCGCGCGACGGGGCGCAGGGGCCCGUGCUCGCUGGCGCCUCUGCGCCACCGCGCGGCCCCUCUUAG